AUGGUUAACAGCACAUCUAGUCGCUCUCAUCAACUACAAAAGGUCGAAAUCAAUGUCGACUGUGGCGAGGCGUUUGGUCUUUGGGAAGGUGGACCCGAUGAAGAACUCAUGCCGCUGAUUGAUGCGGCCAACAUUGCGUGUGGAGGUCACGCAGGGGAUCCAGUCAUCAUGCGGCGGACAGUAGCCCUGGCGAAGAGAUAUGGUAUCAAGAUUGGAGCUCAUCCGGGGUUUCCUGACAAGACUGGGUUCGGCAGACGCUUGAUCGCAAUGAGCCCGGAACAGGCUUAUGCAGAAAUGCUUUUCCAAGUCGGUGCUUUGAAGGUAUUCUUAGAUGAGGCUGGAGUCCCAUUGAAUCAUAUCAAGCCGCAUGGGAUGUGGUAUAUCAUGAUGCAAGACGACGAGGAGCUCAACGACGCUGCCAUGCGAGCAAUCAGUCAUUUCAAGGUGCCCGUAUACGGACUUCCUAAUACCCUCCAUGAGUCUGGAGCGAAGAAAUAUGGCAUCCCCUUCAUUCCUGAAGCGUUUGUGGACGUAAACUACGAUUCCAAAGGCAAACUUUUAGGAGUACCAGGGAGUAGAAAGAUGACUACCGACGACAUAAGUCAAGCAACUACAUCGUUAGGGAAGAAGGGUUUGGUGCCAGCAGUUGAUCUCAGUUUAGUGGACGUGGGUGUGAAGGGAAAGCCUUUCACUAUUUGUUUGCAUUCCGACUUCAAAACAUGUAGGGAGAACGUCGCAGCUGCUAGGAAAGCAGUCGACGAGGUUAACGAAGAGUUGUACAAUCAUUUGUAG